GCGCAAUAGUGCCAUUCGCCGAGAGGGACGCCGUUCAGUGUUGGGCAGCGUUCGUGACGUAACCCUGGAACAGCUGUUUGGGCAGACAAGUUAGAAAUUACGAGAUGCGAGUACCCGGAGCCCUUUUUGCCGCCCGCGGCCGAGCGCCGCAGAGCGAGAAGGACGUGCCCUUCCAGGAGAUUUUACCGCUGCGUCUAAAGAACACCGUGAGCGGGAAGGCGGACUCCGGAGCGGAUGUGGCCUGCCUGCAGGAAAUGGGGGUGCUCUUCGCCUGCCUAAAGGACAACGAGUUCGUGGAGAAGUACUGCCACAAGGAGAUUAGCCAGUUCCAGAACUGCUACAAGUGCUACAUGGACCGCAAGUUCGAGGCCAAGAAGACCGUCAACCAGGGUAUUGUACAGCCGGGCACCAACCUCAACUACAAGCAGCUCAAUAAGUACAUGCGCCGCUACCCCAAUCCUCUCUAGCUUAGAGUCCUUUGAGUCUUUUAAUAAUAUACUAUUUACAAAGUAAAA